AUGGUUCUGUUUGCUGGAGGUCGGGUGUUGGAUUCCCAACAACAGCUAUUGUUCGUUCUUGACACCGUACUUUUUGUCAUAUAUUUUCCACCUGUGGACGUACAGCAAAUUUAUUUCCCUCCUACUUCAUCCGCAGGAGAGUUAUAUUAUGGCGAUCUAGGAAAUGGUUUUGGAUUAAGUGACGAGCUUGGAAGUGGGAACAAUCAACUAUUGUUAUGUGAUAAAAAUCAAGAGAUAAUCAUAACAAAUGAUCAUGUUGAGGAAAUAAAGAAAAAAGAGAAGGAUUCAAGGCAAAUAGAGGAGAUUAAUAGUACAAGAAUGUUGUCUCGAGAAACCAUUUCCAAGUACUUUUAUAUGCCUAUAACACAAGCAGCCAAAGAACUCAAUAUUGGGUUGACAUUAUUGAAGAAAAGAUGUAGGGAGUUGGGAAUUCGAAGGUGGCCUCAUCGGAAGUUGAUGAGUCUUCAAACACUAAUCAAGAAUGUUAAGGAACUGGAAAAGGGGGGAGGAAGUGGUAUGGAGCAAAAGUUGAAGGAUGUGAUAAAGCUUUUGGAGGAAGAGAAGAAGAUGUUGGAAGAAGUACCAGACAUGGAACUUGAGGAGAAAACAAAGAGAUUGAGGCAAGCUUGUUUCAAGGCUAACUACAAGAGGAGAAAGCUGAUGAGUAUGACAGAAUUACAGGCUUCCUUCGGCAGUUACUGCAAUAGUAACCCAGCUGUUGGUAUUGGUUAUGGCCAUAGGGAGGAGGAAGAUGAUGAUUAUGAUGAUGAAGAGAUUAAGUCUCUACUCGCUGACUGUUUCUCUUCAAGUAGCCCAACGCUGCAUGAGUGA